AUGCUACAGAAGGCCUAUGAAAAAGUCAAUUCGAGUGCGGAUGCUAAGUCCAAAUUCAAAACCUUUUCUUCUUUCCAAAAUGAGGCUUUUGACAACAUUGAUGAUGGGGGCUCAGAGAGAAAAGGCGCAGGUUGGGACAACCUUUGGCGCUCAAUUGGAAAUAGAGUCAAGGUUUUCCACCCUCAAAACCCUUUACACGAAAAGAUUCGUGACCUCGUCCUCGAUCAUUACACCGAUGCUAUGGGUGGGCUAUCAACGCCGCCGACAAUUCCACCACCAAUUGUCAUUGAAAAGAAUGAAUGUCAUGGCAUCAGUGGCGAUACUUGGGUAAUGCAUGUGGAUACCGUGAUUGGAAAUGUAGACACAUUUUGCAACCAAGACGCCAGAGAGGUUACCUACAACAAAGAUAGCGUUGAUGAACUUAAGUUGUCUGUCAAGGCUCCCAAUGAUCAAAACAAGGGAGCUAAAGAUGCCCCGAAUUGUGCUGAUCGUUUCAAGGGGGUUGUCAUCAAUGGUUGCGAUGGUAACGAUCCCACCAACAAUCCUCACAAUUACAAAUUCGGCUCAACCCUUACUACGAGCGAUGGAUGGCAAUACACCAUGACCCCCCUUAGCAAGCAGAUUAACGAAGUAGCCUGUGAUGUAUCCUACAAGUUCCUUUGGGACUCCUUUGAAAUCCGUGGAAAGAACCUACCCGACGCCAAGUUUGGAGCCGAGGGAGAAGGUCUUAAGAAGCAGCUUGAUGGCUGUGGAGAGGUCACUAAGUACGGGUUCGAGAGGACGCUCAAAGAUGGGAAGUUCCAAUGGUUUGCAAAUGGUCGUCUACCAAUUGGUACAAAAGCUUGUGUCGGUAGAGCUCUAAAAAAAGCAGGUGGAUCUGGGAAUGGCAACUGUCAUGGGGCUGGGAAGCGUGACACUUCCAGAAGGGAGAUUGGAAUCGAUGAUUGGCCCGGGUACGGUGAUGAUAGUAAACACGUGUUUGGAGCUGUCACAAAGAGGAACAUUGGUAUAGAAGACUGGCCGGGGUAUGGCGAGGAUAGUAAGCACGUUUUUGGGUCAUAUGAAGGAUGA